AUGAUGAAGCCUUAUCCCAGAGCACAAAUAUUGCACGAUGAAAAGAAAAGAAAGUUCAACUUCUGCCUCAGCAAAGCCAGAAGAACUUCUGAAAACGCUUUUGGUAUCAUGAGCACCAUUUUCAGAAUUUUUUUUAUUCCAAUAAAUUUGAAAACUGAAACUGAAACUGACUCGAUUAUUGUGGUGUGCUGCAACAUGCUGAGGGAUGAUUAUUUAUCAUUGAAUCCUACAAAAGUAGAUAUAACGCCAAAUCUGGAGGGCUUCCCAACCCAAAACCUUAUCAAUCUAGCAGGUACAGGUGGUUUUGCGGGGGCUGAAGGAUUUGAAGUGAGGAGGUAGCUCACUAAUUACUUCAGUCCGCAGUGAUGCAUUCCCUCACAUUAAAAGCACUACCUACUGUUAUAUAACUACAGUUUCAAGAGGUUAUUCUAUAAAUCAAUCCCUAUAUCUACCCGUUUGAAAAUCUUGUUGACUUACCAUAUUAUUUUAGAACAAUAUAAUUUACAUUAUUCAACCUACUGUUACUAAUACUUAUAAUAACAAUAAAUAUCAUACUAAAACGGUUUAAAAAACGUAACUUCUUUAUUCAAAACUUUUCCAGCUUCAAUCCAAAUGAGGUCUUUUUUCACUGUGUUCUUGAAGUCCGGGUCUUUCAUGUCAUACAAUAUUGUAUGGUUCUGUACAAAUUCAAUGAGUACUUCGUCAUCAUCGGCAGAAAAUUUCACCGUUGGUAGUUUCACAGAACUUUGUGACAUUUUUUACAGCAGUAUACACAAGAUAACACGCUUCCUAACCUCAAUGUAGCACGUGCGCUCAAAGCAAAUCACGCAGCGUACAACGGAAUAGACUUCUCCGAAAGCAGUCGGAUCUAUUCCGUCGACGUUUUACGUUCCACGCUGA